GUCCACAGUCUCUCGAGUGGAACACUUUUCACCCCCGGUUUCCCUCCCGGUUAUAACGUGAGACUGUCUCUCGGUUAGGACCGAGCCCGAUCUCCGAAGCGACGAAGAGAGCGAAUCCUCUGUUAUCAGUGAGACAACUGUCACCUCGCGCAGAACAAUGAGGGAGUUUGCAGCGAUUCGACGUUCGCGCGCGAUUCGAUCGGACGUGUCGAGAGUCGACAGGGCGACAGGGCAGCCUGACUUUCUGUGACGUAGCGUGACGAGGAUUUAAUUUGCCGAUUGUCCGAGGUGCGACAUCAUGACGGUCAAGAGAAGAAGGAGCGAGCCGCUUCCUCGUCGACAGGACAGCUCCGCGGAAUCGCACGCGGUGAACGGAUGAUUCGAUCCACGCGAUCCUUUCGACGAGGUAACGAGCGCGAUCGGGCUGAAACACGCGAAGCAUGGAGAUCUCAGGCCGGUAUCUCGUGUCCAUCGACAACUUCACCGAGCUGAUGAAUCUCAGCGAGCCCGAGUACUUGAGAUUGGUAUGGGGCCCGAAGUACCUGCCGCUGACGCUCGUGUUGCCAAUCACCUUCGUCUACGUCGCAAUUUUCGUCACCGGCGUGUUCGGCAACGUGGUCACCUGCAUCGUCAUCAGGCGUAACCCUGUCAUGCAGACCGCUACGAAUUACUACCUGUUCAACCUGGCGGUGUCCGACCUGCUGCUCUUGAUCCUCGGACUGCCGAAUGAGUUGAGUGUGUUUUGGCAGCAGUAUCCGUGGAAGCUCGGAGUGGGUUUAUGCAAAAUACGAGCAUACGUCUCAGAGAUGUCCUCUUACGUGUCGGUGUUAACGAUAGUGGUGUUCUCGUUGGAGAGGUACUUAGCGAUAUGCCAUCCUCUACAUUUGUACGCGAUGAGCGGCCUGAAACGACCUGUACGAUUCAUCCUGGGCGCUUGGCUGCUGGCACUCCUCUUCGCUCUGCCCUUCGUCGUUUACACCACCGUCAAUUACGUCGAGUAUCCGCCAAGAUCCGGCCGCUAUUCGGAGGAGUCGGCGAUGUGCGCCAUGCUACUGCCCAACAUGCCCAAGUUCCCGCUUUACGAGCUCAGUUGCCUCAUAUUCUUCCUCGUGCCGAUGCUGUCCAUAGCGGUGCUUUACGUGAGAAUGGGCCUCCGAAUACAAAGCAAUGGUCUCGGUCGCAGCAUCGAGGGUUCCGUUCACGGAGAAACGAGGCAGGCUCAAUCUCGAAAAGCCAUCAUCCGAAUGCUCAGUGCGGUCGUGAUAACAUUCUUCAUCUGCUGGGCGCCCUUUCACGCUCAGCGGCUGUUGUACGUGUAUCAGGUGUCGGCCUUCGGCGACAUUAAUGAAUGGCUGUAUCCUUUGGGCGGUUGCCUGUAUUACUUCAGCACCACCGUAAACCCGAUCCUCUACAACGUGAUGAGCGCCAAGUACAGAAUGGCAUUUAAGAAAACGCUCUACUGCACUCCGGCGAGUCCCUCCAUCACGAGGGACGACCUCAGCAGCAUGAAGGACAGCACAGCGUGCGGCUGCGGUUCCAGAAGAGGGUCCCAGGUGGUUCGUGUAAGAAGUGUACAUUAUCAACGUAGCAUUAGAUGCAACGUGCCGCACACAAACGAGGCCCUCCGCUCGCCGGCGAGAUUACGUCACGACGAUGAGGACGACGAGAGUCAAGGCUCGAAGGAGAAGCCUUGCGAUAUCCUCGCUCCCGAUAUUACAGAGCCGCAAGAUCCGCGAAAAUGCUCCUUUGUCGUGCAUUCGAGCAACGGCAGGACCAAAUGUCGAUCGACCGAGAAAGCGGACGGCGCGCCAGCGACGGCGAAUGAGACGUGUAUCUGAUCCUCGGCUCAUCCUGCCAUUGGAUGGAAGGAUCGUUACGGCGUCGCGAGGACCUCACGCGUCCUCGGACUCGACAAGAAGCUGACAUGCUGAUUGUGUAUGCGCGACGAGGCUGACGGGGUCCGGAUUAACGCACACACACGCGAAUAUGAAUUGCUCCACAGCGAAGGCCCAUUACCGAAGAAGAUCGUAGUCUCCUCCCCAAAGGACACAUCUGUCGCCGGGAGAAGAAACCGGGAGCUCUCGUGGAGAGCCGUGUUUGAGUGACGCCGAUCGAGUGGUGCCGCGAAGUGCCAGUGGGGGAAACUAAAGAAGUCGCUGCCGUUGAAAAGGGUCCGAAGUGUUUAGUCAGAGACGGAGACGCUUCGCAUCUUUUUGCGAUCGUCGCUGACGCGAAUUUUCAAACUCACGGAAUCGUGUCCCGACUUGGGCCGGCGCUUCGUUUCUCCAACGAACUACAGAGAUUCGACGAGAGUGUUCACAACGUGACGUCGCACGUACGUGUAAUUACUCCAACGAAGAUCUUUCUCACGGAUUUAAUCGGACUGUCGAAGCGCACUGCUACGUUAUCGCGCAAGAUAAUACGAAUGAUAAUUCAAAUUAUUAUCGAGUCUCUUAUCGAGUCGAUAAUACACAAACAUUGUGCGAUCGUGUGCGCUGUCGUUACGGGAAUACAUGGCAAAUAAGGAUUUCUGAGAAAUCGCCAAACGACGAGAUCGUAGAGAAAGAGAGAGAGAGGGAGAGAGAGAGAGAGAGAGA